AACAAUGGCUGGAACUUCUGGUGGGAGUGGGAAUGAAACAAUGGGAGAGGAGGAGGGGGAAUGGGAAUAUUACGAUGAUGAUCAAGUUCUCCCGGAUUUUUGGCAGGGGUUUGUAGAUUCUGGAACAGAUUUUAAGAAACCUGUGGAAUCUUGGCUUCGAUAUUUCUCAGCACCGUUUGAGAAUCCAUAUGGUUGGAAUAUGUAUCGUGAGUUCUGGAGGGUUUGGGUUCCUCUUCUUCUAGCUCCUAGGCAUAACACAACAAGUGUUGAUAAGCUGAGUGAGACCGAGGAGAGAAGAAUCCAGGAGAUUCUUCUUGACACGCUGCUACAAUUCAUCGCGGGCACUGAGCAGUAUAACACUGUGUUUGAUGAGUUAACUGCUCAAGAUACACCAUCAGCAUUGUGUGGGUAUGUUUUCAAGAACGGGGAUACAUGUUACAACUGCAGGGAUUGUGGACAGGAUGCUACAUGUGUUCUCUGCGCUAAAUGUUUUACACACAGUGAACACAAAAACCAUAGAUACAGGAUGCAUACAAGCGAAGGGGGUGGAAUUUGUGACUGUGGAGACGAUGAAGCAUUCACCAGUCAUUAUCUCUGCUCAAUUCACGAAGAACAGGCCAAAAAUGGGAAGUCCGCCUCUCAAGUGCUAGACUCCUUUCCCGCUGAUUUGCGGCAACGUGCAUUGGACAUACUGUACACCAUCAGCUGUUAUGUUGUCAAUAUAGUGGCGGAUUUCAAGGGUCAGACAGAUCUCCGGUCUGCCUUGAAGGAGCAGGAGCUGUUCCCUGACCUGAGAUACCCCCUCAAGUACAGUAACUACUGUACUGUACUGCUCAAUGAUGAGAACCACAGUUACAAUGACGUUAUUAGGGUGCUAACUAAGGUGCUCUCUGGAACUGCAGAGAAAACUAUAAUAGAUUUAACAACCUAUGUUGACAAGUUCGGAAAAGCUGUGAUCAAGGUUGGGAAUUAUAAAGAGUGUGUUAAAAUAAGCUCCAGAAUCGAUUCUCUUACUAGGAUACCGGUAGGUUUUCAUCCUGUUCAUCCUGUUCAUCCUGUUCAUCCUGUUCUUCCUGUUCUUCCUGUUCAUCCUGUUCAUCCUGUUCAUCCUGUUCAUCCUGUUCAUCCUGUUCAUCUUUUUCAUCCUGUUCAUCCUGUUCAUCCUGUUCAUCCUGUUUAUCCUGUAUUGAUGAUGGAUACCUCCUCUACCAAUGUCAAGAUAGUCCGACAUCGUGAAGAGUCUAAACACUCGAUCUGUGAAGCUGUUAUUCUCAACGAGCUAAACACAUGGAAACAGGAAAGAGACGCAUCUGUGAUGUCACUGUCUGUUCAAAUAUUUACAGUACCGUCCCUCUCUCUACACUUGAUAGAGCACUGUGAUGCUGUUUCCAACCUACUCCAGGCAUUUAUUGACAUGCUUAAGGACUCUAGGGACGAAGAAGAUGUAUUAACACUGACAAGUUGGCUGGACGAGGAGAAAAAUGAAUUUUCGAGGAUAUUAAUCUCUCUCAACGAUCUAACAUAUCUUCUGGGAGUUGUACCUACUGAGCAGCAGUGGACUCCUGGACUAAGAACUAGUUUCAUGCAUGGAGUUGAGAAAAUACUCAUGGUUCUUUCUAUGAUAAUACUGUAA